CUUUCAGGUCUUUUCAGGUCCACUUUCAGGUCUUUAGUGUAACCCAACCAAAAGUCAAAAUGUAGGACUGUUUACCUGAGCUACGUAACGAUAUUUUCAAGCAAUUGUAUACUUAAACUCGAAACGGGGACGGACUGGUAUCCGAUUUGACUUUGUUAGAGAAGCUUGAGAUUGAUCUCUAACAGAAGAUGAAAUGAUUUAAUCAAAAGAGUUUACAUAAAUGGAAAGAGAAAAGGAUAGAGAUUCAAUGCAGUGUUUUUAUUGUAAGAAGAAUGGACACAAGAAAGACAAAUGCCCUGAAAAAGGAAAACAAAUAGAACCUGCACAAGUUCAUCAAAGACUGAAAUGGGGCAUAAUGAGUAUACUAUUGCUGAUCUCUCUGCUCGGUCUGUUCGGUGCUGUGCUUGGUCUCUUUCCUACCAACAUCUCUAAGAAAGAUUUUGAGAAAAAUGUUUUCCGAGAUUACCAGGGACCAAUUAUAAAGACCCCGAACCUUUAUAAAUACAUACCACUGACAGACAAUGGCAUUGCUAUUGGAAAUCCAGUUCGACAAAGUAUUAGGUUUAAAGUAAAAGCCAACAACGAUGCACACGUUGCUUUGAUGUCUUCAAAUAAUCCAAACGAUCCUCUUUAUGAGAUAGUAUUGGGCGGUUGGGGUAACACACAGUCGGUCAUCCGUGACAGGAAACAGGGUGCUAGUCAAUUGGCAGUGUAUCGUGGAAGAGUGCUCGAUUCAAAUGAGUUUAGAACAUUUACUAUAAAAUGGAGCAAUGCACGUAUAAGAGUAGAAGACGAAUCGGGAAAGAAACUCAUGGAAUGGACUGAUACAACAAACCCAUACACAAUCAGAAAUAUUGGAAUUUGUACGGGAUGGGGUUCCACUGGAAUAUGGUCAUUUCCAUGUCAAGAUUGUCAGGUACCAAUAAUAAAAACCCCGAACCUUUAUAAAUACAUACCACUGACAGACAAUGGCAUUGCUAUGGGAAAUCCAGUUCGACAAAGUAUUAGUUUUAAAGUAAAAGCCAACAACGAUGCACACAUUGCUUUGAUGUCUUCAAAUAAUCCAAACGAUCCUCUUUAUGAGAUAGUAUUGGGUGGUUGGGGUAACACACAUUCGGUCAUCCGUGACAGGAAACAGGGUGCUAGGCAAUUGGCAGUAUAUCCUGGACAAGUGCUCAAUGCAAAUGAAUUUAGAACAUUUACCAUUAAAUGGAGCAAUGCACGUAUUAGAGUAGAAGACGAAUCGGGAAAGAAACUAAUGGAAUGGACUGAUACAACAAACCCAUACACAAUCAGAAAUAUUGGAAUUUGUACGGGAUGGGGUUCGAUUGGAAUAUGGUCAUUCCCAUGUCAAGAUUGUCAGGUACCAAUAAUAAAAACCCCGAACCUUUAUAGAUACAUACCCCUGACAGACAAUGACAUUGCUAUGGGAAAUCCAGUUCGACAAAGUAUUAGGUUUAAAGUAAAAGCCAACAACGAUGCACACGUUGCUUUGAUGUCUUCAAACAAUCCAAACGAUCCUCUUUAUGAGAUAGUAUUAGGUGGUUGGGGUAACACACAGUCGGUAAUCCGUGACAGGAAACAGGGUAGGCAAUUGGCAGUGUAUCGAGGACAAGUGCUCAAUUCAAAUGAAUUUAGAACAUUUACCAUUAAAUGGAGCAAUGCACGUAUUAGAGUAGAAGACGAAUCGGGAAAGAAACUCAUGGAAUGGACUGAUACCACAAACCCAUACACAAUCAGAAAUAUUGGAAUUUGUACGGGAUGGGGUUCGACUGGAAUAUGGUCAUUCCCAUGUCAAGAUUGUCAGGUACCAAUUAUAAAAACCCCGAACCUUUAUGAAUACAUACCCCUGACAGACAAUGGCAUUGUUAUGGGAAAUCCAGUUCGACAAAGUAUUAGGUUUACAGUAAAAGCCAACAACGAUGCACACGUUGCUUUGAUGUCUUCAAAUAAUCCAAGCGAUCCUCUUUAUGAGAUAGUAUUGGGUGGUUGGGGUAACACACAGUCGGUCAUCCGUGACAGGAAACAGGGUGCUAGUCAAUUGGCAGUGCAUCGUGGACGAGUGUUCAAUUCAAAUGAAUUUAGAACAUUUACCAUUAAAUGGAGCAAUGUACGUAUUAUAGUAGGAGACGAAUCGGGAAAGAAACUCAUGGAAUGGACUGAUACCACAAACCCAUACACAAUCAGAAAUAUUGGAAUUUGUACGGGAUGGGGUUCGACUGGAAUAUGGUCCCUACAUAUAUAUCGUCCUUUUCUAUUUUUUUGUGCAUAA